UCCGGUGCAUUGCCUUUGAGAACUACAUCCGUGGCGCGCGUGGCGGUGGUGGGACCCAAAGCGCGAGCCACCACUCUGCAGGGUGGAGGAAGUAGUCGUGUGCAUCCCGACCGCAGCCCCAGCAUCCUUUCAGAGUUGGAGAAAGCCCUGGACGGCAGCGGAGUGCAGUUGGUGCACGAGACCGGCUGCAUGAUGGGCCAGAGACCCACAAAGAAUCCUGAACUCGAAGGGCUGAAGAGGAUGGGCGCCUGUGAUGCCAAUGGGCAACCCAUCUCCUUCCACUUUGAGGCCAAACUGCUGGAUGUCAUUCUGCGGAUUGCGUCCAUUUGUUCCCAGAAGGAGUUCUUUCGCCGCCGGGUGAUGCCAUGCUUGCGGCCCCUGGGCCUACGACACACCGACCCUGACGAGGCGCACAAGAGCAUUGUGUCCAUGGAAUGGGGAAGCGGUGAUGGAAGCGGAGUCGAGCGCAGGGGAACCAUGAUGCUCUGGGGCCUCCUCGCCGGCGGCCUCUGCGGCGCCGCUGCCGCCGGCGUCGCGGCCGCUGCCGCAAAGCAGCGCGGCGCUCUGCGCCGCCUUGGUGGGCGCCGGGGGCGCGCUGGGCGCCAUUGGCGCCGAGGGACUGAGACAGCCUUAGAGAAUGAGUCCAGAUCCAUGACGCGCGCGGAAGCCCUAGCGGCUGACUGCGACGCCACGGUCUUGGUGGUAGGCACUGACGGCUUCUGGGAAUGCGAAGGGGUGGACCAGCCGCAUAUGCGCCUUCCGGGGAGACAGGACGAACUCGUUCGCAGAUGCGCUGCUGCUGCACGAGCGGCUGGCAAAGCAGUGGUGGUGGUGCUGAAUGUGGGAAGCCCAAAGGAGCUCCCUUGGUUAGAGGAUGUGGAUGCCGUGCUUCUGUCCUAUUUCGGUGGAGAAUGCACCGCUGCGUCGAUCUCCCAGUGUUUGUUGGGUGCCUGUCCCGCUGGGCGUUUGCCCACGAGCUGGCCGCGAUGCCUAGCCGAGGCCUCCUCCGAAGUCGCCCGAGCUUCCAAGAUGGAUCGACCAGGUGACGUGGAAUAUCACGAGGGUUUGCAUUUGGGCUAUCGCAAUGGCGAUUUGGAUCCUGCCUUCCACUUUGGCCACGGGCUUUCCUACACUCGUUUUGAGCACAGUGACUUGCAGGUGGAGCAGAAAGCCACAAUGGCCACCGUCACCCUGCAGGUGAAAAAUGUGGGCGCUGUGGCGGGGGCUGAGGUUGUUCAGUUGUACAUCACGACGCUGCAAGUACCACGUGCCCUGAAAGCCUUCGCACGCACCAAGACUUUGCAACCUCAGGAGAGUUGCAAGGUCACGCUGCAGUUGGACGAGCGAGCGCUCGGGAGUUUCUAUGACCCUGACCAAG